AAAUAUUGAAAGAGAACAGAAACCAUGGCUCGUACAAAGCAGACUGCCCGUAAAUCAACUGGAGGAAAGGCUCCGCGAAAACAGCUCGCCACCAAGGCAGCCAGAAAGAGCGCUCCAUCCACCGGAGGAGUGAAAAAACCUCACAGAUACAGGCCUGGAACUGUCGCUCUGCGUGAGAUCCGUCGUUACCAGAAAUCUACUGAGCUUCUCAUCAGGAAGUUGCCCUUCCAGAGACUGGUGAGAGAAAUCGCACAGGACUUCAAGACAGAUCUGCGUUUCCAGAGCGCAGCCAUCGGAGCUCUGCAAGAAGCCAGCGAGUCUUACCUGGUGGGUCUUUUCGAGGACACUAACCUGUGUGCUAUCCACGCCAAGAGAGUGACCAUCAUGCCUAAAGAUAUCCAGCUGGCCAGACGUAUCCGAGGCGAGAGAGCGUAGACCCCGAAAAACACUCAACCCAGUCUGCCGACUACAUUCCCAACGGCCCUUUUAAGGGCCAACCAACUCUUCCCGAAAGGGUACUUCCAAUCUGAGCACUUUGAGUUUAAGGUAUUAUAAAAUAAAACUGGAUUUUGUGUAAUAUAUACUGGGUUAUAUACAUAAUUUAUGAUACCCACGCUUUCGCCCCGCCCAAACAAAGGGCGCCGCCAUCUUGGAUUUCACUCGGACCGCGUGGGUUCACAGCACUUUUGUGUUCAGGCUUGCAUACUGAGUUGGUAACAUGUGGUGGAAAUGCCUGUGUAAGUAAUGCGUGAUUUAAGCAUGACGCACGCCUAAUUUUAGAGUCGUUAUCUAUAAUGUUAAAGGAAAACAACGGGAAAUACCGGAUAUGACCGUAUACAGCUAUUGCAUCACACGACCCCCUCAGUAAACCUUACGUACAUGUCAUUGUCUUCGUUCAUGUUGCGACUUUUCCCGCCAAAUUCUUACGUAAACAAAGCAGGUAGAUAAUAACUGAGCGCCAUUACACGGCGGGGAAUAUACAAUUCACAAAAUUAUCAGAAUGUAGCAUGUGAAUUGUAUAUUCCUAAAUAGUGCAUGAUGACAUGAUGAUGAGGUCAGGUGUAGUUUUGAUAAACCUGACGUCAUUUAUUAUAGCUUACAUGUUUGAUUGUGAAAUAUGCAUUAUGACUGAUUUAACCAGUUCAAACUGGUUCUUGUUUUGGAGUAAUGUUUUUUUAACAGAAUGGGCAGGUAACUUGUUCACAUUUGGUCAAGACUGUUCAAUGUUCAGCCUGUAUCCUAUUCAGAUCCAGUUUUAACCGGUUUAUGCAUCCGUUGAGAUUCCUGUUUAUUCUUAUGCAUGUAUGUGUCACAAACCUGUCAAAGAAAUAGCAGUAUUCUAAACAAAUCUUACACAUUAAGGUGUUCUGUAUUUGAUAUUCACAUUUGUGAGAAAUUUUAUUAUGAAAUUAUAUGUACUACCCUGCCAAAUGAAAUGUUUAUUUGGCCUGAAAGUGGUGUCCUAUCAACUCUUAGAUGUAUACAUUUUUGUAAAGUGGAGAAGUUUUACAAAGGUAAUGAGUCACUUUAUAUUCAAUAUUGAAUGCUACAAUUUAUCAAUAUGUUCCAUUAACAUCAACUUAUUCUUGGCUUUUUUUUUUGAUUUGAAAAUUUUUAAUUUCAGGAAGCCAUAAUUAUUGUUGAACAUCCUGAUACAUGUAUGUUAGAAGUUUACUUGACCUGUAACAAAACAAUUAAUAAUGUUACUUAGUAACUAGAUCAAACUGGUUUGAUCCAGAUAAAUCAUAUAUCACUUCACCAGUAAAAACCAUCAUUCAAAGAUUUUAAAAAUUUGUCACCAGAGGAAGUAAGUUUUGAAGUUGUAGAUUAUCAGUUAAAUAGCUCUUAGAUAUGUACACUUUAUAUCUCUAGAACAUACGUCGUCAUGGUAAUUAAGGGCUUAUUUAGCUAAGUGCGCUUUUUGAAACCAGGUCCAGUUGGAUUUGAAGGUUUUACUUAGGCUGGUACUGUUGUAGGUAUUAUUAACAAUACGAUCUGUGACAAGGAAAUGUUACAAAGUGUAAAUCGACCUUUAACCCCAAGCAUACAAGCCUACACAUACAUACAAAGUGUGAAGAAUAUAUAGAAAUUGUAGCAGUUUUAUCAUAACUGAUUUCAAACAUGUGAAAAAUGACUACUCAAUUUAAUGUGCACUCUACCAGAUCAAAGUUUGUAUUCAAGGUUUGUGGUUUCUAUUUCCUGUUAUACAAUUGUUAUUUUAUUAUUUGUUUUUUUUAACACAAAUAGUAAUAAAGUUUUAUUGAUAACAGUAAAAAGGUAACAAAUUUGUUAUUUAUACUUGGGGUAUGCUAGUAUUAGGUUUUUGCCAUUAUGGAAUCUUUGGUGACAGUAAUAUGUAUGUAUGUAUGUUUGGGUUUAAUGUCGUACUUAGCAAUUUUUCAGUCAUAUGAUGACGAGGAGUUAUUAGGUGUGUGUACACAUAAUGUGUCUUUUUGUGGUAGUGCGAGUCCAUGCCGCCAAAGUGCUGCCACCUCUGAAGAAUUAUGCAAAGACACCAGACAUGACACCCCAACCAAUCACAUUAUACUGACACUGCGCCAACCAGUCCUGAUUCCUUGCUCUGACCUCUUAGUGCUGAGAGUCAAGCAAGGCAGCAACAAGUACUAUCAUUAAAGUCUUUGGUAUGACUGGACCUGGGUAUGAACUGGUGAUCUCCUGACAUCAAGUUGAACACCCUAACCAUUAGGCCACAAACGUACAUGUAUAUGUGAUAAGUUUGGAUGGCAAACAGCUGAUGUCUGGCAAAAAUAUUCCAAAAAUAAAUCAUGGUAUCAUGUGAAACUAAAUU